AUUUUUUUCCCGAUUUUCCUAAUUCUAUCAUCGCUAAGAUGGUAUCAGAGCCUUAACAUCACCGCAUCAUCCUUCUCUAAUUUUCUUUCUUCUCUUCCGCAAAAAUGGUGGACGGAAAUCAAUUGGCUGAUCAUCUUGUUAAUCCGGCAAAUCCAUUGUUCCUGCAUCCAGGAGAGAAUCCAGCUCUCAUCUUAGUUUCACCACCGCUUGCUGAAAAUAAUUUUCAACAGUGGAAACAUGAUAUGCUUAUCGCACUUGAAACCAAGAACAAGGACCAGUUCGUCCUUGGCACAAUUCCAUGUCCAAAACCUGAAGAUCCGUUGUAUGAAGCUUGGCGUCGCUGCGAUAAGAUUGUUAUGUCAUGGAUUACUCGCUCCAUGACAUCAAAUGUUCGGCAAUCAGUGAUGUGGAUAGAUACAGCUUCGGAGAUAUGGAAGGACUUGUGCGAUCGUUUUUCACACGGCAACAAAUUUCGCAUUGCGGACCUACAGGAACAAAUUCAAAAUUGCAAACAAGGUGAUCUUACAGUAUCUCAAUACUUCACUCAGUUACAGAUCCUCUGGAAAGAGUUAUCCAUAUAUCGUGUUGUUCUUGCUUGUUCAUGUAAAUCGAAAUGCAAUUGUGGAAUUCUUGAGAAAAUACAGAAGGAGAGAGAUGAUGAUUGUGUCAUUAAGUUCUUAAGAGGUCUUAAUGAUUCUUAUGCUCAAGUACGUUCACAAGUUAUGCUAAUUGAUCCCAUGCCAACUCUAUCUCGAACAUUCUCUUUAAUCCAGCAACAAGAGCGUGAGUUUGGGGUAAAUGUUUCUGCCAUACCUCAAGAAGUUUCAGCCAACGCUUUAUACCAAGGAAAUAAUGACUCAAUUACAAAAUUCUCAAAUAACCGUGGAGGAAAUUCCAACAAUCGGGGUGGAUUCUCUAGCACUCGUGGUGGACGUUCAGGAAGGGGAAAUGGAAAUAGGAACAACAAAUUCUGCACCAAAUGUAACAGAACCAAUCAUACUGUGGAUACAUGUUUUCUGAUCCAUGGAUAUCCACCAGGCUAUAGAAACAAUGGAAAUGAAGGAAGUAGAAACAUUUCUGGAUACCACCAAUUCCUUCAUAAACAAUGCAGAAGCAUACCUUCAGGAAGAUUGGAGCAGCUGAAGAACAAUCUGGCUUGUUUCAUUUAGUAGAGUAUAGUGAGAAUUCUGUUUCUUCUGUCGUGAGUAAUGAUUGUAAUAAAAAUCAGAAUUCUGUUUCUCCUAGCUCUAUUGUAUGGCAUCAAAAGUUAGGUCAUC